GCGCGGGUCCUCGCCGCGGCAGUCCCGCAUGUACGAGUGGGUGCUGCAGCGGGGGAGCGAGUACGCCGCGCAGGGCUUAGUGAACUGCUUCGCCCGGUGCCCUGCGGCGCCGCCGUGGCCUCCUUGCCCUGGGUUGGCCUGCCAGGCCUGCGGGGCGUGCCAGGCGCCAGCCUGCCCGGGGCUGUCCUGCCCGGCCUGCCCGGUCUGCCCGAGCGGGGCGUCGGGCGCCGCGGCGGUCGGCGGCUUGGCCUGCCCCGCCUGCGCGGAGGCGGCGCCCUGUGGCGGCGGAGGCUGGGGCCUGCUCUGGUUCGUCUGCGGCGUGGCCGUGGGCGUGACAGGGCCGGCGCUGGGCUUCGUGGUCUGGCACCAGAGACUGGUGCUGGGGCACGUGGCAUUGUUGGGUGGUAAGUUGUUCAUGAUCGCCACUCCGGAUCGUCACGUAUACGCGGAGGAUUACGGGCCUGGGUCGGCCGACUUCGCGGCGGUGAGAUGGGCGCCAGCGAUCAACGUGCUGCCCAACGGCAUCCCGCCGGGGGACGUCUACCGGUUCCGCGGGAAGCCGACGGCGGCGCAGAGGGCGGCCUUCCUUGCGGCGGCGGUGGCCGAGGCGGCUGGGGAGGCUGCGAUCCUCGCCGCCGCCCAGGGAGGGGCGGCGCCCGCGGACGCCGCCCAAUGCCUCGUGCCAGUGCCGCCCAGCGGGCCCGUCGCCGCGAUCGCCGACGACGCGGUGGUGGCCGUGGCGCCCGCCGUGCCGGCGCCCGCGGCGGCUGUCGGCGCGGCCGCGGCGGCCGCGGCGCCCGCGCGCGUGCCGUCAGCGGUGGGGUCUCUCCAGGGGGUGGCUGCGGCUGCCGGGCCCGACGGACGGGCUGCGCGCUGGGUGGCCGCCGAGUGCUUCGCGGGGUACCGUGUCGGAGAUGACGUUCCUCACCAGGCUGGUCCUGCUGCAGUUGGAGACAAGGACAUCCACGUGCUGGCCGACGGCUCGGGGCUCUUCGUGCAGUUCCUCCGGCCCGACGGCGAGCAGGACUUCUACGACCGCAUCGUGGCCAGUGACGCUCGCAUGCUGCCGAUGCGGAGGAACCGGCUCGGCCGCCGUGAGCGCACCUGGGCCGACAUGUGCGCGGCCGUCACGAAGGAGGAUUUCGGCAAGGACUGGGCCCUGCCCGGCGUGCGCACGGCAGCCUGGUGUCUGGAGCACAUCAACGCCGAGGGCGGCAGCCUCGACGCGCACCGCGAUCGGUUCCGGUCGCUGUGCCUCCUCGAACCGAACGCGUGGGGCGUGGCGGAGCACCUCCACCUCGCGGGCGCGGUGAAGGCCGGCCUCCUCAGGGACCAGCUCGCCGGGGCGAAUCUGGUGAUGGUGGAGAUGCUGCUGAGACGGAUGCAGGCGAUUGAAUUCGGCCAUCAUCGCGAGCGCGCCAAGGAGGCCGAGUCGAAGGGGUACAGCGGCCGCCUGAGCCUCGAGGAGCAGCAGGCCUUCUCGGGGCUGAGCCGUGGGUCGGGGCAGCUCAUGAUCUGUCCAGGGCUGUUCGACGUGGUGCGACCGGACGUGGAGCGGGAGGCGCAGCUCAACGAGGCCCUGCGAAAGGGCCGGGAGGGGCGCGAGGUGACUCCCGCAGAAGUUCUGAUGGGGCUUCGCGUGGCGAGCUGGUAUGACGUAGACUCUGCUGUGCUCGGUUCCUACAAUUUCCGGCUCGCCGGCCCCGGCCUGGCAGGGCAGGAGCUCGGGGAGGGCGAGGGGCUUCGCGUUGGAGGGGCCGACCUGUCUGGCGCAUUUUACCGCGUGCAGCUUCCCCUGGACCUCAGACCGUUUUUCAGUUUCAGGGCCGUGCGGGCGGGGGCUGUAGGGUGUACUGGGGCCGACGGGAAGGGUGUUCCUGCGUCUGCGAUGGUGUGCCCUCGGCCCUCUGUGAUCCCGAUGGGUUGGAGCUGGGCCCUGUGGAUGUGUCAGACUGUUCAUGAGCGAAUCGUUGAAGGUGUCAUGGACAGCCCGGGGGGCGCUUUCGGGUUCGGACGGGUCAAGCGGGUCGUGGACUUCCCGGAUGCCCCAAGGGAAAUGAUCGAGCUCGACUGGUUGGUCGUGGGUCGCUUCCCGUGGAGGCGCAAGGGGGAGAGCAUCGCCGUCUACGAGAACAGGGCUACGCUGUAUGGUUUUCGCCAUCUUCUUCGCUCGUCUCGGAACCUCGGUAAGCAUGUGCUCGUCCUCGGGGGCUCCCAGUCGACGGCGGGGGCGGUGGCCAGGUGUAGGAGCGACAGCCGUAGCGUGAUGCGGGUGGCGCAGUCGAUCGCCGCCCUGUCGCUCGCCUCCGGCUCGUCUCUUCAUUGUCGGUGGCUGCCGUCCGAGUGGAAUGUGGCGGAUUCUCCAGCUGUUCCGAGCCCGCUCGACUUCGCCAAGCAUGCCCCUCCGAGCGCGAUCCGCCCCCCCGCGGCCGCUGCCGCUCAUGGGGCCUGGGCCGGCGCCGUCCAUCCUUCGGGCAGCGCCGCUGGACAGUUUGGAGCCCCGCUCGGCGGGCGCCCGCGGGCGGGCUCCUCUUCCGCCCGUCGCCCGGCGGCGAAGCGGAAGCGGCGGGAGAAGGCCUCGGCGGAGACGGUGGGCCUCACGGUGCUGGAGAGCUCCUCGGUCCGUCCUCGGACCCGCGCCAAGUGCCAGUCGUGGCUCGACGAGUUUCGGGCGUGGCUUGGCGGCCCGAUUGCGACAUCGGAGUCGGGCGUGGACGCGCAGCUGGUGGAGUGGCUCAACACCCUGUGCCUCGGCGGCGAGAACCUGGGCUCGGCCCAGUGGGGGUUCGCGGCGGUGACCUUCUUCGCGGGACUCCAGAAGUCUGCGGGCGCGCUGAUGCCGCGCAGUCGCCGGGCCCUGCAGGGGUUCCGGCGCUGCGCCCCGCCGUGGUCGCGGCUGCCGCUCCCGCUCGAGGUGGCCGCCCUGGUCGCCAGCGAGUUGGCGCGGCUGGGGCUUCACGGCCACGCGCUGGCUCUCCUGGUGAUCUUCGAGCUGUACCUCAGGCCGGGGGAAGUCUUCAGUGUGCGAAUGGCGGGCCUGGCGCCGCCGGUGCCGGGCGCUGCCAGCGCCCCGUGCUGGGCCAUCACGCCGCGCGCGCUGGAGGUCGGCAGGUCGUCCAAGACCAACGAGCUCGACGAGUCGAUGCGGCUGGGCCUCGAGCGCCGCGCCCCUCUCGGCCCAGCGCUGAAGGCGCCGUGUCGAGGGCGAUGCCCGGGGGCGCCCCUCUUCGACUUCGGCCUCAAGGACCUGGUGACCGCGGUGACCGGCGUCGUGCGCAGCCUCGGCCCGGUCGUGUACCUCGGCGACGUCCACUUGUACCAGCUCAGGCACGGCGGCGCGUCGCACGACUCCGCCGGGGGCUUCGGGGCUCUGGGGGGCGUGAGGCGCCGAGGGCGCUGGCGCUCGUGGGCUUCGGUCAGACGCUACGAGAAGGGCAGCCGGAUCGGCCAGGUGCUGCUCGAGCUGCCCGAGGACCUCCGCGCCCGCGCGCUGUGCUGCGAGCGCUCGCUGGGCGCUAUCGUCCGCGGCCGGCCCUGUCCGGCGGCCCCAGGCCUCAG